AUCGCGGGACAUGGCACGUUAUCUGUUUACCCUGAUCGAUCGGUGCGCAGCUGCGCUCGUCGCUCGUCCCGCGGCCUCCUCGAAUCGAAGCCCUAACAUAUUCGAGCUAUCUCUUUGACAAAUCUAGGAUUUCCUACUGUGGAUCUCUCUCCUGACCAUUAUCUUGUGAAAUUUGUCGGAUGAUUUCUGUCGUCGGCAGCUUGCCCAAGUUACAAUCUACCGAUUUUUCUCCGAUCGAUUCCUCUUUUUGAUCUUCCUGUAUCAGCUUUUUCGUUUUUUCUUCAGAUCGACAAAUUUGUUUUAUGCAAAUUGAUUCAUUUAUCUGUUUUGCGCGGAAAUCGGAUCACUCUCGAUUCGCUGUUGAAUCUGGAGCAAUUUUUUAGAUUUCGUCCUUUUCUAAAACCCUCGGCAUUACUUAGGGAGAUAUGGUUGGAGGUGGAAGCAGGAAGGACGAUGGAUCCUUGAAGAUUAGCAACACUAACGUUUUCGCCGCGCUCGAGACCCUCAAGAAGAAGAAGAAGUCGGACAAGAACUCGAAGAGCAAGGGGUCAUCAAAGAGCCAGGCGAAGAAGCCGGAGCCGCAGGUGUUCUGGUCGCCUACACCGCUGACGUCGAAAUCCUGGGCGGAUGUUGAUGACGACGAUGAUUACUUCGCCACCACAGCUCCGCCACUGCCUGUUUGGGGUUCGUCGCAGCAGCACCACAAGGAAGCUGAGCCUGCCUUCGAGGAAGAAAGUGAAAGUGAAGAUGAUGAUGUCGAUCACGGUGAUGAGGAUGACGACGAGGAACAUGAACAUGAACCUGAGGUUACCGUUGAACAUGCACCUAUAAUAGAGAAACCUACUGUUCCUGUUCCAGCACCUGGGCAACUCUCUAAGAGGGAACUUAAGAAAAAAGAAAUGGCAGAACUUGAUGCGCUUCUACACGAGCUAGGCAUUUCAGGCAAAGAAACUAAUGGCGCUCAAGACGAAACCGAAGGCAGCAAACAACUGCAGCAAAAUGACGACGAUGGAGAGAAAAAGGAACACACUGUUGCUUCUUCAGAAAGCAAAAACCCAAAGAAGAAGAAGCAUAAAAAAGAAAAAUCAUCAAAAGAAGCCAAAGAGCAAGAGGAACAACAGCUUCCAGGUCUCGAUACCAGUAAUAAAGGCCCAGAAGAGGUGGUUGCUGCUGACCCUGGUGGUGAUACAUCUGGAGUUGAUGUAGAGAGAAUAAAGAAAAUGGCAUCAGUUAGGAAGAAAAAAACUGGUAAAGAGAUGGAUACGUCCGCAAAAGUUGCUGCUGUUGAGGCGGCUGCUCGAAGUGCAAGGCUUGCUGCUGUGAAAAAGAAAGAGAAGAGCCACUACAAUCAACAGCCCGCACGCUGAGUUAUGUCUCUUUCUUCUCCAUGUCUUGUGCAUUUGAUGAACUCCACAUGAACAAUGGGGUAGCUGUAGAUGAUCCUAUGAAGUUGCUGUUUAUCUUCUUCCAUGAACUUCAGAACAUUCUGAUUGUUUCCAUGUGUUAUACUUGUAUUUCUGCUAAGGGAGCUUUGCGUACAAAUAAUGUUUUCAUAGUUCAA